CUGCACGUUGUGAUAGAAGGUGAUGGUUCGAAACGUCAAACGUUUCUGACGGCUAUAUAUAUAUCAAUCAGCUGGUGACAGUUACCAUCACCAUGGCAACGAUUGACGCUGAUGAGGGGGACGCCGACCGUCUGCAGUACAAAUUCAAUGGCGACGGAGACUUGCACUUCCGGGACAAAGGUCAUGCCUCUCGGAUCAUUUCCGGGAUCCUCGACUCAGGCGAGUCCACCAGUUUCCAAGAUCUUGUUCGGGAAACACUCACUGAAAUCUCUCUGAAGUCUGACAACACAGAGGAAGAUUUUGACCGUGACACGACCUCGUACCAUCACGCUACAGUCUUAGACAUUUUCCGGGAAUUCAGGAGGACGGGACGUCACUGUGACGUCACGCUGUGCGUCGGUGAGCGAGCUAUCCCAUGUCACCGUGCGGUCCUGGCCGCCGGAAGUCCGUACUUCAAACUCUUACUUCUCGGAGGCUUCGCGGAGAGCUGUCAAGAGAGGGUUCGCCUGGAGGAGGUUUCUGCCGAAUCGGUCGAGCGAAUCGUCUGCUACGUUUACAGCGGUUGCCUGACCGUGUCACGUGGCACAGCGGAAGAGUUGCUACACAGCUCCACCAUGUUUCAACUUCCGGCGGUAACAGAAGCAUGUUGCAGGUUCUUCCUGCAUAACCUAGACCCUGAGAACUGCUUCGACAUCCAGGCCCUGGCGGAGUCGUACUACUGCUCGGAGCUUGCCAAAGACGUCAGAGGUUACGUCAUGAACAACUUUCCCGCCAUUUCCAACACGGAGCGGUUCGAACUCCUGACCUGCGGAGAGUUGGUGGACAUUCUGACGAGUAAGACCUGCCAUUGGUCAAAGGAGACGCUGCUAGAAUCCGUCCUAAAUUGGGUGAAAUCUUCAAAAGACGAGAGACUUGGGGACCUACCGGUACUACUUUCCAAGUUGGAUCUAAGGUUGAUCAAAGAAACGUACCUUGAGAACGUGUUACGGAGAGAACGCGUCUUGACCGAGUCUGAAGAAAGCGCAAAGAUCGUCGCAGCAGCGAAGACGGCGAUAGAAGACUUGAAGCCUAAGGAGGGUGAUACCGAGGUUAUCGUGCAGGUAGGAGGGCUGAGCGGCAGUGAGAAGGUGCAGAACACUCCCGGGGUGUACGGUAACGCUACCGACAAGAUCACUGAGGUGGACUGUCUGGACCCGGCCACCAUGCGUUGGGCGUCGCUUACACACCUGCCGGGACACCUGAAGUACUUCACGCACAACGUCACCGCGUCAGACGCCGACGUCUACGUCCUGGCGACGUCAGAGGACGAACAGGUGACGGAAGCGUGGCGCUACAUGACGCAAUCGAACGUCUGGGCCAGACUCCCGGGCCCACGUCAUCACCACAGAGGGUCCGUCGCCAUGGCAACGCUAGAACGCCGAAUCUACGUCAUCGGGGACCGCCUCAAGGCCGGCGCUGACGUCACGACGAACGAAGUUUACUCCCCGUCCGCCAACCAAUGGGAGGCCGUGCCUCACGUCCACGUGGGCGUGUUCAAGAUCACCAUGGUAACGUGUGGCGGGAAACUCUACCUGCUCGGGUACUCUGGGGAUGACGGCAUCGUCCGCGUGCAGACGUACAGUCCUGGGGACGAGAGCUGGGAGGUGUUCUGGGUGCCAGACUAUCACGCCAUGAAGCGGCAGUUCCAGACGAUGUCCUGCGGCAGCCUGAUCUACCUCAUGCCGAUCUCCCGCGCCUACAAGAUGUACGCUCUGGACACGCACUACCGAUCAUGGGUACAGGUCCACAACCCGAAGCAGAGCCACCUGCAGUGCGGCUGGACCACGCUAGGCGGCAGGAUCUGGCUGACGGGAGGCCGCGAGUUCCACUUCUACCACAACCCACACAUCGAGUGUUACGACCCUGAUGAGCAGACCUGGACUAUUAUGGGCGCACAGACUUCCGGGAUCCGGCGGGGGCACGUCUGUGUGCACGUCAGCAGCUGCGACUGGAUCGCGGAGAGGCUGUCCCGGAGCCCGUCCGGGGCCCGGCCGGCGCCCGCCGGGGACUGGGGCUGGAUGGACGAGCUCCUGGCCGCCCAGUGGAGUCAGUACGGCCUGCAGAGUAGCAUGGAGUUCGGCCUGCCGCUGGACAUAGACAGCGAGUAAAGAUCGCGGAGAAAGGCUGUCCCGGAGCCCGUCCGGGACCCGUCCGGCGCCCGCCGGGGACUGGGGCUGGAUGGACGGG